CGGCGGUACCAAAACAACUUCGCGAGGCUUUUCAGUUGCAAUACGGCCGCGACGGAUCGGUAGAUGUGGUGGAGGAGGUGAAGCGGCUGUUAACGGUCGUGGUUCUCUCGCACCAAGAGCGUUGUGGUUGGGUUUACCUUGUCUGGACAGGAAAGCAGUUUGAUGUCGUGGAGUUUCCUCACGGUGCGUGCCCCAUUGGCAGUGAUCUCAUCCCACUCCUGGCGAUUAACGUGCAUGAAGGCGCCUAUUCCCUCGACUACGGUCUUUCGGGACUGGAGCAAUACGCACAAAACUACUUUAGGGCGUGCAAUUGGUUCCUCGCUGAACGAUAUUACUUGCAGGCGACGGGGAGGGGGUCGAGUUGCGAUGCAUGA